CUCCUUCUGGCCUGGUUUUAGCUGUCUAGGCUAUUGCCGGAGGGGGACGGUCCAGCCGGAGCGCUGGUUUCGUUCCACCGAAUCCCCGCAGAGGUCCGAGUUCCAGAAAGGAAGAAAACGAAGGGAGCACUGCCUCGCUCCAAUCCCAGUGAUGGGUAGAAGGGGCGGGACUCCUCGUUCCGACAGGCAGGCGUGGAAGCCAAGCGUGCGGAGAGGCAGCCAGGGAGCAGAGCCAAGCCUUAAAGGGGCCGCGUCCCUUCAUCACACUGCCGGAUGACCCGGAUGAUGGCGGCAAGGGCGGCCCUGGCCCUGGUCCUGGCGGGAUGGCUGUCGCCGCUGGUGGCCGGCACAGCGGCCGGGCCCGGCUCCCGGGCUCCUCCACCUCAGGAUGGCGAGUUCACAUUUUUGCUGCCCGCUGGCCGUAGGCAGUGUUUCUACCAGCCCGCACCGGCCAACGCCAGCUUGGAGGCCGAGUACCAGGUCAUCGGAGGUGCGGGGCUGGACGUGGACUUCUCCCUGGAGAGCCCUCGGGGGGUGCUGCUGGUUAGUGAGUACCGCAAGUCGGAUGGGGUGCACACGGUGGAGCCCACAGAGUUGGGAGACUACAAGCUGUGUUUUGACAACUCCUUCAGCACCAUUUCAGAGAAGCUCGUGUUCUUUGAGCUCAUAUUCGACAGCCUACAAGAUGAGGAGGAUAGCGAUGGCGAUGGCUGGGCUGAUGUGGUGGAGCCUGAAGAAAUGCUUGACAUUAAGAUUGAGGACAUUAAGGAGUCCAUUGAGAUGAUGAAGACAAGGCUGGAGCGAAGCAUCCAGGUGCUGACUUUGUUGAGGGCUUUUGAGGCUCGAGAUCGUAACCUGCAGGAGGGCAACCUGGAGAGGGUCAACUUCUGGUCUGCCUUGAAUGUGGGGCUGCUGCUGUUAGUAGCUGUACUCCAGGUGUGCACACUCAAAGGCCUCUUCCAGGACAAGCGGGCUGUGCGCACAUAGCCCUCCCUGGAGAGGGGAAGCUUUGGGAGGGAGGGUCUAGGGUAGAGGGAGUCUCCUGCUCAGGGCCUAUUUAUAGCCCUGGGUUUAGGAACAACUGAACUUCCUUGGGGGAAGCAGUUUCAAACUGACCAAGGGUCAGGAGAAGCCUAGGUGCUGGCCCCUCCCCUUUGACAAGGACAUAGCAGGAAGAGGGUCUCUUGAUUCCCCCCUCCCCCCCACAUAGAAAGAUGAGGCAGGUACUUAAAUGAGAAGCUUUUCAGGAGGUCCUUUUUAUCCUCUGGAGCUCUGGAUACCCCAAACCUAAGUUGAGACAGAAACAGAGGCCUGAGCAGAGAACAGCUGGGGUGUUGUGGGGAUGCAGUAUGGGACUUGUUGUCCUGGAGGGGCUGUGCCUUAUUAGAGGUGCAGCUAAGGAGCUGCUGGCUCCAUUACUGAAGAAAGCAAGGAGAGAUGGGGUGCUGCCCAGAGAAUAAGGGUUACCCUCCCACCCCCACGUGCCUUAAGUAUGUUCCAUCCUGGGGUCAGCUACCUUCCCCAUCUCACCCCGUUCCCUCUCUUGCCAGUCUAAGUGUCUCCUAGGUCAGCCUGUGGCCUCAUUCUUUAGACUCCAGGCGAGUUCCCUCUCAGAAUGGCCACAUGACCUUUUCUCCCUCCACCCAGUUCUUUCAGUCCCAAAUGCCAGCUGCUCAGAGACAAAAUUAGCCCUGUGUGGGGCAGGUGCCCAAUCCCCAGCAGAAACAAACUUAAGAGAUGGAGUGGGAGGGAACAGGUGGGGGCAACCCCCUUGUGCCUCACCAAGAACUUUAAUGAAACUCGGACACUAUCAUGUGCUUGCCCAGGACUGUCAGUUUAUUGGAGACAGGAUGGGUUGUUCUCCUCCAGUCUGGCACUGCCUGCAGUAGGGAGCUGUAGGAGGGGACAGGGGAGGAUUUGGCUCGUGGCCUUGUAAAGUUCUAAACAGCACCAGUGUGGCUGCAUCCCCAGCCAGAGGACUUGACCCACUCAGGCUGUGUUCACCAAGAUUAUCUUCAUACCAUAUGAAGGCCCCUGGGAACCAUUUGGCCAAGUUAACAAGGGCAGUACCCUUGCUGGGCAGAGAGCUGUUAGCCAAGGGUAGAAGGAGGUGACUCCUGAGCCACAUGGAACAAAGUACCAGCUCUGGUUCAAUAAAUUACUCUUUGAAUCAUG